AUGAGAGAGCAUAUCCAUUAUAAGCAGAGGUGGCACAAAAUCAAUGAUCUCACUAACAAGUUCUGUGGCGCAUUUGCAGCUGCAGAGAGACAAAAUAGUAGUGGUCAGAAUGAGAAUGAUGUUCUGAAGGUGGCUCAUGAAAUCUUCUACUCUGAUUACAACAUGAAGUUUACCCUUGAGCAUCCAUGGUGUGUGUUGAGGUAUGAACAGAAAUGGCUUAACCUUAACACUCCAAAAGCUACUGGCAGUUCAAAGAGAAAAACUGGUGAGACAGGUUCCCAAUCUUCAAGCACCAAUGUUUAUGAUCAUGAGAUCCGGCCUGAAGGUGUCAAGGCUGCAAAAUCAAGAAGGAAUAAUGCUCAAGGGAAGGCUCUUGCUGAGUAUAAGAGCAUUUGGGAAAUCAAGAAGGAAGAUUUGGCGAUGAAGGAGAAACUGUCAAACCUGGCCAUACUAGACACUCUCCUUGCUAAAAAAGAACCACUAAGUGAGGCUGAAGAAGUUGUCAAGAAUAAGCUCCUGACCGAGUAUUUCUGA